UUGUACAGGUACAGGUGUAGACAGGUGGAUCUAAGUUACAACGUCUGGACUCUACAUCAGCAGCAGCUUACACACAUCUCUGCCUAUUGACUGCAACACCAGGCAAAGCACAAUGAGUGCAGACGGAAAGAAAGAACCUCCUCCAUACAUCAUACCAGUUGAAGGUCAGGGGGAUGGAGUGAAGGUUUACCACCUCCACAGUCCGUUCACCCCUCCAGAAAACUCAGCCACAAAUGUCACACCAGUGUACACCAGCGGAGGAGGCAACCUCGGUGCAGGUCUUGAGUCUGGAGAUGGUAAAAGGAAGUUUGUGAGCUAUGACACAGCGCUGGGGAAUUCUCCUGGCAUGACGACCUGCUCCUCCUGCCAGCAGCAGGUCAUGACCAAUGUCACCUACAAAGCAGGGACAUACGCCUGGCUGAUGUGCCUACUUUUCAUCUGCUGCGGGUUGGUCCUGUGCUGCUGCCUGAUUCCUUUCUUCAUGAAAAGCUUCAAGGAUGCAUACCACACAUGCCCCCGCUGCAACAGAGUCCUGCAUGUUGAGAAGAAAAAAUGCUGCAAAUGAUGAACAUGAGGGCAUAAAUGAAGCCAUGGAAAUAUGAAAUAACAUCCUGCUGCCGUAGUCUGUAUUUGGGAUGUAACUUAUUUCUAUGGAUGAGCCAUUGCAAUAUCAGAGGCAAAAUCAAGCACCACACUAUUAGCAAACAGACUGGGAGGGAUUGUCUUGUCCAAGCUCUCUUUUAAAGCUUUGGCAAGUAAAAUCAAGCACACCGCAUGCACUUUUUGGAAGUUAUUUUAUUUUUCCCAUUGCAGCAUUAAAACUUUUAUCUAUUACCCUACUCAGAAACAUCUGCGUACAUUAAGUUGUUCAAAUGAAGGCUUGUACAUAAACUUCAUCAAAUACAUUAGAUUUGUUCAUGAAAUUCGCUGUGGAUAAAUUCAUAGCACCAUAAAACAGCACAAUAUUUAAUUAAACCACAGCAUCGGGCACAAAUUUGAAAAUUUGCUCAUCUGAAGUUGUUGCACAAUAAAUUUGUGUUGGCAUCGUUUCUCAACACUCCAGAAUGAAAUUAGAUCGAUGUGGCUUGUUUGUGUUAUAUUUAUAUGUUGUCUGUUAUUGAAUUACUCUUAUAAUGCUUUUGUGAUGGGAUGUAGGGAAAUCUGAAAUUGAAGUUCAAAGAAAAGCUUAUAAAAUGUAUAACAGCACCGAGCUGUUGUUUUUUUCAGACCAUUUUAAUCUUUACUUCCAAAUAAAGAUUUGUCAUGGUAAUUUGUUCCAAUGCAAAGCUCAAUGCAAAAUUAAUCCAGUCCUCCACUAUGAUGAGAUGCGUGUAUCGGCAGUCAACUUUUGACACCAUUAAGUUUCAGUGGAGCCACUGAUCAAGACACCUGAAGUGGAGAAUUGUUUGAUUAUUUAAAAUACUUUUGUGGCCAUCUCUGCAGGUGGAAAGCAGUCAGACAAGUUAUUUUUGUCUGAUUGCUUUUUUGUUCUAGCUCGUUGAAUUAAAAAUCUGAAGGAUGCAAUUCCUUGACAUCUGUUCUCACAUUGUCCCCUGGGUGAAACCAAGUAUGCUUGGACUCUGUUAUAUACUAUUAUAACUAUUUUAUAGCAUUAUUACUUUAAUAAAAGUACACUAUAUAGACUA